AGUGAAAAUAGUGACGUGUAAUCUAUAAAGAGCAGUGAAAAUAACUUCCGUGGACAUGGACUUGCAUAAAUACUUGUUGCGCAUUGGGUUUGGGGGUCCAGCUGAGCCCAGCUUGGACGUCCUGCGAUCGCUUCACACCUGUCACCUGCUUUCUGUGCCGUUUGAAGAUCUCACAGUUCACAGCGGCGGACGAGUCCAACUUGAGCUGCCGCUUCUGUACGACAAGAUCGUGAACCGGCGCAGAGGCGGAUUCUGCUUUGAAAAUAACGGCCUCUUCUCCUGGUUGCUGUCCACACUGGGCUUCCAGGUGACUCUGCUCUCCGGCCAGGUGAAGAAUUUCAUCACCGGCUGCUACGGACCACCUUUUGACCAUUUGAUCCUCAUGGUGACCCUUGAGGGCCGGCGCUGGCUGUGCGACGUUGGGUUUGGGCCGCCAGGCUUCAGUACCCCGCUUUCACUGGAGACCAGUGGCCCCCAGGAGCAGGGGCACCGAGUUUACCGCAUUAGAAAGGACAGGGACAUGCACUUUCUAGAAUGGCAACAGGAGGAAAACAGAGGUGCAGAUGGAGACUGGAAAGAGAUCUACAAGUUCACCCUUGAUCCCAGGUGUCUGGAGGAAUAUACUGAGAUGUGCCAAUAUCACCAGAGCUCCCCCUGGUCCAUCUUUUUCUGCAAAUCCUUCUGCACCGUUUUAAAACCAGGUGGAAGGAUCACCUAUAUUGGUCACAGACUGAUUACCACCACAUUUCCCUGUGAGGGAACGGGGAGAGAGUUAAAAACCACAACCAGGGAACUUAAAGAUGAGGAGAUUCCUGUUAUUUUGGCAGAGAAAUUUGGAAUUGUGCUCAAUUCUCAGCUCAUACCAAAGGAUGAGGCGAUAACACCACCCCCAGUCGUGUAUUGACUGGGAUUUCUUUCUUAUUCUCUGAUUCGCACAUCAUGCAAAAAGGUCUGAGUACAGUAUAGAGUUGGGAAAGUUUGUGUCUCUAGUAGAAUCCUGAUCUUUGGACCAUGGCACCACACGCAAAUAGACCUGUAAUCAACAAUCAAACACACACUGUCACCAACACAUGCAACAGAACAGAUAAAUUGUCAAUUUGAUUUAAUAAAUUAUACAUACACUUUUUAAGAUGUACAAUGGUCAUUGCAUUAAUCCAUAUCCGUCUUUUUUUUUUUUGUAAGACAAAGUCUGCG